GGUCGGUCGCUGGCGGGUGGUAGCCUACCUCCAGUCGGGUAGUAGUAGGUGCGCACCCUACGCGGCUACCAGGUGAGUGGGGCAGAGGCCAACCCCCGACACCCGACGCGAAACGCGAAAAACCACUUGUGCGUGUGUCGAUCCUGGCUGUCGCGUCGUCUCCCAUCGCUCCGAUAGAGUUUUAUCCUGAUCCUCAUUGUUAUUACGCCGCGCGAUUCCUUACGAGAUAGGUAACACGUACCUUCUCGGUUUCUCCUCGUCGUACAUACCUUCUCUCUGUCCUUCUCUCUCCGUCUCUUUCUAUUUCCGUCUUUCUCGCCGGGUCACCCGGAGAACGGUCUUGCAGUGUCCCGCCCGAGGGGCGACAUUCCAGAUCGAUCGUAAGUGAUCUACGUCUACGUUGUGGUCGGACAUAGAUCGUCGUGUAGAGUGUAAAGCAUCAACGACGGAGGAAAGAAGAGGGAGCGUUUUGCUCGCGUUCAUUUGUUCGUUCGAAUUGAUCGCGAGAACUCAAAAUAGUUGGAUACUAAUGUCCGGUUCUUCCCGAUCCGUGACACGCAGGUGAUUCUUGAUUCUAUUCUCUGAAAAAAAUCCGGUGAGUCCGUUGUACGAGAGGAAUGUUUCGGUUCUCAGAUUUUCCGUAAAAAUUCAUCGAGGCUCUCCGGAUAUGUCGAAUCUGCCUAGCUAUAUCCACGAUACUUUCAACAGGAUCGUUCAGUCGUGUAAAUGCUUCCAGAAUUAACCGUUCAAUCCGAUCUGAACGAUUUUUCGCUCAUCGCUGAAAUCGAAGAUCUACCGCUGAGAGUUUAUCGGUAACUUUUCCGGCGGGGAAAGGGGAACGAAUCUUGUUCUUCAACCGAGAUUCCCCGAAGACUUUUUUCUCCCUUUUUUCGCGCGCGAAAUCUGCGCCGGCACGAAAAUAGAAACUGUCAUUCGAUAAAUCGAUCCCGCGCACCGCCGAGACGGAGGAGACUGUGGAUGUCAUUGCUAUAGUAUUGUUGCUCUCUCGUUGUGCGUGUGUACGCGUGUGAGGGUACAAUCUACGUGAGCUGCAGCAGACAUCAUGAGUGCUUCCGGCGCGAUUCCUCUGAUCCUAGCGAAGAAGGAGCAGAUCGUCGAAGGCGAUGGAGGCGGCGCAGGCGGAGAUGGCGAUCCUAUUGUCAGCAGUACCAAUUCCGAGAAGAAGUCAGGAUAUGAGACCAAUCUGUAUCUCUACAGCGAGGAGAUGGAAGACCGGCCGCGGAUCUCGACGUUGCUCAACAGCUUGGCCAACUAUAGCAACACCAUCCCUGCGGCAACCGACCCGGACAAACCAGCUCCGGCCGCGGGGGGUGGAGCGCGAAUGGGUACCCUCAUAGGUGUCUACUUGCCGUGUAUCCAGAAUAUCUUUGGCGUGAUCCUCUUUAUCCGGCUGACAUGGGUAGUCGGUACGGCCGGUGCCAUUCAGGGAUUCUUCAUCGUGCUUUGCUGCUGUUGCGUGACGAUGUUGACGGCGAUCAGUAUGAGUGCUAUCGCUACCAACGGCGUAGUGCCGGCCGGCGGUUCCUACUUUAUGAUCUCGAGAAGUUUAGGCCCGGAAUUCGGCGGCGCAGUGGGUAUGUUGUUUUACACUGGUACCACCUUGGCCGCCGCGAUGUACAUCAUCGGUGCCGUCGAGAUCGUCCUCACUUACAUGGCGCCGUCACUCAGCAUAUUCGGCGACUUUACGAAAGAUGCCAACAUUAUGUACAACAACUUCCGAGUAUACGGCACCCUCUUGCUGAUGAUAAUGGGCACGAUUGUCUUUGUGGGCGUCAAGUUCGUUAACAAGUUCGCCACCGUCGCACUGGCCUGCGUCAUUUUAUCCAUCAUCGCUGUUUACGUGGGGCUCUUCGUAAACGUUAAUGGCAACGAGACUCUAAAAUUGUGCAUACUCGGCAGAAGGCUAUUGAAGGACAUCAACGUCUUAAACGAUUGCAACAAAAAUUACGGCGGUGCUUUGCAUAAUAUUUACUGUAACGGUACGAGUUGCGAUCAGUAUUAUCUCAAGAACAAUCUUACUAUUGUGAACGGUAUCCGUGGCUUGGCGAGCGGCGUGUUUCUAGAGAACAUAUGGGACAGUUACCAAGAGGAGGGUCAAUUAAUCACAUACGGACACGAUCCGAAAGACAUGGAUGUCCUGUCGGGAUCGAGCUUUAACCAGGUCCAAGUCGAUCUCACCACGACCUUCACUAUUCUCGUUGGUAUAUUCUUCCCUUCUGUGACGGGUAUUAUGGCGGGCUCCAAUCGAUCCGGUGACUUGGCUGACGCUCAGAAAUCCAUUCCGAUCGGCACGAUCUGCGCGAUCUUGACGACCUCCACCGUUUAUCUAUCCAGCGUUCUCCUGUUCGCCGGGACCGUUGACAAUCUGCUGCUACGCGACAAAUUCGGUCAGAGUAUCGGCGGCAAGCUGGUAGUGGCGAAUAUGGCAUGGCCGAAUCAGUGGGUGAUCCUGAUCGGUUCGUUCCUAUCCACUUUGGGAGCCGGCCUUCAAUCUUUGACAGGAGCGCCGCGGCUGCUGCAGGCGAUCGCCAAGGAUGGUAUCAUUCCCUUCCUGACGCCAUUUGCUACCAGCUCCAGUCGAGGCGAACCUACUCGUGCUUUGGUGCUCACUGUGUUGAUCUGCCAGGGCGGUAUCCUACUUGGCAACGUGGACUACCUGGCGCCGUUGCUGUCCAUGUUCUUCCUUAUGUGCUACGGCUUCGUUAACCUCGCCUGCGCGCUGCAAACCCUACUACGCACGCCAAACUGGCGGCCGCGCUUCAAAUACUACCACUGGAGCCUGUCGUUCCUCGGCCUGGCUCUCUGCAUCGCUAUCAUGUUUAUGACCAGCUGGUACUACGCAUUGCUGGCGAUGGGUAUGGCCGGCCUCAUCUACAAGUAUAUCGAGUAUCGCGGUGCCGAGAAGGAAUGGGGCGACGGUAUUAGUGGUCUGGCGCUGUCUGCUGCUAGAUAUUCGCUACUCAGGCUCGAGGAGGGACCACCGCACACGAAGAACUGGCGUCCGCAGAUCCUGAUCCUCGCCAAACUUACCGAUGACUUGGUGCCUAAGUAUCGCAAGCUCUUUGCUUUCACCAGUCAGCUCAAGGCCGGCAAGGGUCUCACCAUUAGCGUCAGCUGCAUCGCCGGUGACUUUACACAGAACUCCGGCGAAGCGUUGGCGGCCAAACAGAGCCUCAAAAAAACUGCGGCGGAAGAGAGAGUGAAGGGCUUCGUUGAUGUUCUUGUUGCGAAGAAUGUCGUCGAAGGGUUGAGCUCACUGAUACAAAACACCGGGCUUGGCGGAUUGAAACCGAAUACAGUGAUACUGGGUUGGCCGUACGGUUGGCGGCAGUCAGAAGAGGAAAGAACCUGGCGAGUCUUCUUGCAGACCGUAAGGAGUGUCGCGGCCGCGAAAAUGGCACUGCUGGUUCCCAAAGGCAUAAACUUCUUCCCGGACUCUAGCGAGAAGAUAAUCGGCAAUAUUGACGUCUGGUGGAUCGUGCAUGACGGCGGCCUAUUGAUGCUACUGCCGUUCCUAUUGAAGCAACAUCGCACCUGGAAGAACUGCAAGAUGAGAAUCUUCACGGUCGCGCAGAUGGAGGAUAACUCAAUACAGAUGAAGAAGGAUCUGAAGAAGUUCCUGUACGACCUGAGGAUUGAAGCGGAAGUCGAGAUUGUCGAAAUGACGAACACCGACAUCUCCGCAUACACAUAUGAACGCACCUUGAUUAUGGAACAAAGAAACCAGAUGCUGCGCGAGCUACAGUUGAAUAAGAAGCAGUCACUAGGAGUGGUGCAGACAUUGGUGGACUUCAACGAGGUACCUGCCGAGGAAAAAUUACCUCUGGUGCAGGCGAUUGUAGAUCACCAUCACAACGUGGAUGCCAAAGUGCCGACAAAGGUGAGAUUCCAAGAGCCGGGUAAUCAGAGUACAAACGUGACCGACGAUACGAAGCUGAUGCAGGAAACCGAUCAAUCAAAUAAUAAAGAACCGGAUACUGCCGAGGAGGUAAAUGAGAAGGACGAGGCUAAAGAGAACAAUGCCGAAGAGACAAAGCUGAUCGGUGGCUCACCUAAGGCGGAGAAUAGAGAGAAUACGGAGAAGGAGGCGAAUGAAGCGAAGGAGGCGAAGGAAGCGGAGGCAAGAGAAAACGACGCGGAGGAAAACAAAAGCGAAAGUCCGAAGAGACCCACGAUUACACCCGACGAGGGUGACGUGAGGCGUAUGCAUACUUCGUUGAAACUGAACGAGGUAAUCCGUAAAAUGAGCAGCGAGGCUCAGCUAGUUAUUCUUAAUCUUCCUGGACCGCCACGGGACACGAAGAUGGAGCGUGAAUCUAACUAUAUGGAAUUUCUCGAGGUGCUCACUGAAGGCUUGGAAAGAGUAUUGAUGGUGCGGGGUAGCGGACGGGAGGUGAUCACCAUCUACUCGUGAACUGAAGCGACGGGAAUUGAUGCCGUUGCCUUGCGGAAGCAGAGCUCUAGUUUACUUCUCAGUGACCUAAACGACACUACUCUAAGGAAUAUACUGCUCUUGUGCCAUUGUCUGCGCAGCCACUUGCGUCGCGCGCUCUGAAAGUUGUUAAGGAAAAGAGGAUGAUGAUGACGACGACGACGAUCGUUCAUAUCGGACACGGAAGACGAAGUUUCAGCUGAAGCCGACUUAUUAUGUGGACCGCGACGUGACCGCUCGUCGUCUGAACGAUGAAGCCAAAAGCGAUGAUGCCAAAGGUUUUCUUUAAAUGAAUUUCUGAAUGUAGAACGUGCGGGUUUAUGUGUCAGAUAUGUACGCGUCAGGGGGUCACAUACGGUAGCGCGGGUUGCUCAGAUUCAGAUUCGACAGCCUGUUAAGCUCGGCCGAGCUCGCCGGACAAAGUACACCGUGCACCUCUCGGAAAUUGCCGGUACAAAAAAUUGUAGCUCAAUGAGACCCGAGUUCCAAGUAAACGUCACUUCGAUUCAAUUUCUUGCAACUGAUAGCUAAAAACGUCUAAAACGAAAGGGAGAGAGAGAGCAAAAGUAAGAAUGGCAAAAAAAAGGGGGGAAAAAUCAAAAUUUGGUCCGAGGCUAAGGUCGAAGCAUCUACGAAACCACUGCCAGACUACUUUCUAAAUGCUUCGCGUUUAACCAAAGACGCGAGAGGCUCAUUUUUCUACAUGCAUUGUCGUUACUAGGGAAAGAAUAAGAGUAGUAAGUACGUAUAUAAUUUUAUUGCUUGAUAUAGGUGAAUCUAGAGUAGCCUAGGAUAGCGCCGACUUUUAUUAUGAUUAUAUAUAUAUGUGUGUAUUUGAUAAUAGAAAACGACGACGACGACGAGUGUGUCGAAUAUUAUUGCAUUUCCUUCGGGGAUUGACUCUGCUCUUUUUUCCAGUCUCGCGCGGGAAUCUCUACGUACGUACACACACAUACACACAUAAGGCUUGUUCGUUUUAGCUGAACUUCUUGCACAGUUUAUCUUUCCUCUUUUUCUUUUCACAUUGGAGAGAAAAAGCGAAAAGAUGAACUGUGCAAGAAGUUCGGCUAAAACAAACAGGCCUAUAUACACGCGCGGGUGCAUAACAUAUAUACAGACACACAUUCGUGCGCGUUUGUAUCGUCUUUAAGGCCUAUCGGUCCAAGAUGCCACUACCACUUUUAAUCGAUAACACCAAGUGAAGUUGAAUCGUGACGCGAGGAGUGCAACCCGAAAGACUCAAUGCCAAAAUGCGCGGCGAUCCUUACCGAAUCUCAUCGAAGAGAAACAAAAAAAUAUAUAUAUAGCGCUAGCGUAUGUAAAGUAAUUCUAAUUGCAUUAAAUGUCGUCGUGUGCAUGUCACGUUUCGCGCGUAGCCCCGUUUCCGGCCGCGCUUCAUUUAGAUAGGCCUUCUCUAAUAUACCUAAUUAAUCAGCGAGCGCGAAAUAAUCACGCCGGUAGUCGCUUCUCUCAGUUUCUUCGACAUCGUCGACAAAUCGACGCGUUUUUAUUAAAUUAUCUCAACGAGACUGUGGUAAUUAAAUUACAUUCUUUGCCGAGAAAGAGGAAAAAAAGAUUAAUCUGAUCAAGAUCAUUUUCAUCUCUAAAAACAGCCGGAACUGAUGUUAAUUUUUAGAAUAUCGAUCUGACACUAAUUUUAGCGCCGACAUAAAAUCGAGAAAUUAAUUUUAUUUAAAUCGCUUUUAUUCCUGAAACGAUCAAACUUUAUUUUAAUUUUCUGACUAUCAAAGCGACGUUAAAGUCUAUUUAGUGUCAAAUAAUUCGUUUCUUUGAGUUUCCUUUGACGAGCAAAAAUCUCGAAAAAACUGAGAAAGAGAUGACUGCGAGACUAGCGUUCAAUGUAAUAUUUAUCGACUUAAUACUACUUAAUCAGUGUCCGUGAGUAAGUUAUAUUGUGCUAAGAAUUAUGCGGGAUUACGCACCACAACUUGUCAAAUUUCUGCAGUUGUUGCAACUAGCGAAACAAUCGAAAUGAUGAAAUAUGUCGUUUGACCGUAUAUAUAGGAUGUGUCGAAACUAUCACGUAUUUUCUCGGUCACAGAUAUUAAAAUCUGAUUGUUCCCAAAAUCAGAAAAUUAAAAUAGCUUUAACUCGCUAAAUUUGGGCAAAUUUAAUUUUGAGGAUUUAUACAGAUAACGAUUUUCGUUUUCUAAUUAACUUUUGGAUUCUAUCAAAUAUUACCUAAUAUAUCACUGAUAAAAGAAUAUUUGAAAAUUAAAAUAUUGCAAUACACAAUAAAUUGAAUCUCAUUGAAUUUUCAUUGAAAAUUUGACGUCAUUUGAGAGGAAAUAAAAGCAUGAUAGUUUCAGGUGCAUUCUUAUAUAUGUACAUAUGUAUGUACAUUCACAUUGUUCAUUGUAAAGUACAUGCACUGUCCUGCAAUACCUGUAGCUAGAGAAAAAGAACAAUCGUGAAGUCUUUGAUUAUACCAUAUGAAAGUGUACCGGAUUAAAAAAUGGGUGAGCGCGAACGCGAUAUCGCUGCUGACCCGCUAGUGUAGACAAAAAAGAAUAUUUACAUUAAUGGGGGAGAAGAGAUUCCUAUAUAUAUAUAUCCCACGCGUUGAAUUGUUUCACUUUCAAACUCGUAACACCGACGCGGAUUUGAAUCGCGUCGGAUAUCCUGAAGCGUAAAGAAGGAAAGAGGCGUCGUAUCAACGUAGAGUAUUUCACGAUUUGAUCCUCGACUUCGCGAAACAAUCAUCGGAAGCGUAGCGAAAUACUCGUCUCAACACCAGUUCGACGGAUAUAUGCAAGCAAUAUAUAUUCACAUCGAUUGGAUCACGACAGACGAGUAUCGGAAACAGAGCUGGGUACCUAUAUAAGAGACUCUAAAUGUAUAGUAAACAUAUAUACAUAUACAUUAUUAUCUGCCUCUCUCCCAUCUAUAUAUAUGUAUGUAUAUCUCUCUCUCGUCCACAAUGUUUACGACAUGUACUUCAUAAUUUUAUUACGUUACUUAUCAAUUGCAUAUAUUUUAUGUGUACUUAUCUUACUCGAUAGGUAUUGGCACUGCAUAGUUUAUACGAGACAUGUUGACAUUAUGAGAAAGUUUAUUGCGAAUACAAGUCGGACUGUUGUCGGAUAAAUCGCUAUACACAUGUUGUACAUAAACACGUAGAUAAAAGAUAAAGGAGGAAGAAGUAAAAAAAACGAUCGCGUGUUUAUCGUAAAGGAUUUUAAGAAGAAUGUAAAGAAGGGAAAGAGGAUAAAUGAUGAAGAAGGAAAUUAGAGUGUCCUUUACACAGAUCGAACAGUAUUGCAGUAUUCUGCUGCCGCUUUAAUAUUUUACUAUGUCGUAUUUACUUUAAAUGCACAAUGACCACAUGGCACACAAACGUACGCGUACGUGUGAUAUCUAUAUAUAUAGAAUGCAUAUACAUAUAUUUGGCUGGUGAGAAUGAAAACGGUGCGAGGCAAAGAUUAGAGAAAACUCUGAGGUGGUCUGGCUGCUCCUUGAUCCUUCGCUCUCCUUAGUUUAAUAAUGAAAUUUGAUAGUAUAAAGACAACUAACACCGUUUUCAUCCUACUCGGCUAAUAGUGUGUGUUAUCGGCAGCGGCGGAGAUGCGACCGGCGUCUGCGGUUUAUGUUCACUUUGCGGAAACAGAAUGGUACCUGGAACGCAUUCGGGAUACUCUAUCUCCGUUACCAAGAGUAACUCCUUGUAAUUGCAUUUGUAGAUAGAUCGCAAAAGACUGAACAAGCGAGCUGUGGCGAAAAACACAGUGAAUCACCGAUGCGACCCUUUGUGAAUAGAUAAAGAAAAAAUGCGCACAAUACUUUGGCUAUAAAGGAGUUCCCACUGCUGCAUAAUAGAAGAUAAGAUAGCUAUUUCAGGUGGUGAAAUAAAUGCGAGAGUCGAACCGCGAUGCAACUGCUCGUCUUACCCGUUGAUCGACAGAGAGUCUGAAUGUUGUGGAGAUGAUUGUUCUGUUUCCGCGGCAUAUUUCGAGCAAUGAUAUAUAAAGCGCGAGAAUAUUCUUUCCUCCAGAGAAUAUGCGAAGUUUCAUUCGCGAGACAUUCUCGUCUUCGUGGAGUAUCCUCGAAAUAUACCUACAGUACUCUCCGAAGAAUAUUUUCUUCGGAGAGAACUCUGUUCGAAUAUUCCUGGGACGCUUUUCUCGCGGUAUCGGAAAAAGUUUCUUUGAGAAUUAUUUUUGUCGCGAAUCCUCGAACGUAAAUUUCGGGCGACGGAAGUGCAACUCCGGCUGUUAAUGAGUUGGCAUUUGUCGAGGUAUAGUGCGGCGUUUUGCGGCGCGUUCCAUUUAAAAUGGGGCCGCGCUCUGGAUUUAAAUCACCUCUAGGCUGUGAGAUGCGAGUUAAGCAGCGGACAUACUUGCUCGAAACCUCAAUCAUAUGUGUCAAAUCAAGUAUAAAUCUACUUUUAACGUAUAUCGUAUAACCGAUUAUAAAAAGAAAGAAAGAAAAAAAGAAAUCUUUUACCAAAGCUCCUGACGGGAGGUAUACACACGACUUACUUCUCACUCAAGAAACUGCGAAUUCUGCCCUUGGGACUCGAAUAAAGAAAAUAUAUUUAUUGACUCCCACACGGGAAAGAGAAAAGAAAAAAAAAUGAGAUAUUGAUAUAGAGAAAUAAAGAUGUUAUUAAAUAUACAUACAGAGCGGACCUGAGGCGAGAAAAUGGGAGUCGCACGGAGAGCGUCCUCGAAUUUGAGAUAAUUUUUCCCUUGACAUUCUUUCACAUUAAGUAUUUUACUUUAGAUUUGCAUAAACGAGUAAAACUUUGUCGCUUGUAUUUUUAACAUGUAAUUUAUCGAACGUACUUAUUAUGUUAGUCUCAGUUUUGAAUACCUGUGUACUUAUGCGGUUGAAGUAUUCGUUAAGGAAAAUUUAAUCCUAAAUUCAUCGACGCGUCCCUGCUAGAUCCCGCCUUUUCUGGUCCAUAUUAUAUAUAUUAUAUAUAUAUGUAUACUAUAUGUAUACAAGGUGUCUGCAAAGCUUUCUCUUGACAAUAGAUACUGCAACAGGCGAAAUUGAAGAAGUGCGUUUCAGAGAGAUAAACGGGAGGUAAUCUUGCCGACAAGAACAUGCGAUUUUGAAGUAUUAAAAUGGUCUCACACGCGUACAUUGUAUCGAUCAUAUAAUUGUAUAUAUUAUUUCGCAGGACGAACGAAACUCGAUGUACGUCAUUCCGUACAGGCUCAUCCACGAAUUAUCAUGCGCUUAAGUUUGUUUUUUAAUUAACGUUACUUGAAUUUACGGCGUCGCGAAACGCCGCUCGUAACUGUCGUUAGGAGGAAGUGAAAUACGGUUGCGAGACACCCUGUACACACAUACGAGAUACGAGAUAACAUAUUUGUAGAUACAGAUUUUAGUCACAUCUGGAUAGUAUAUAGAGUCAAUACUGUGAAAAAAGCCUGUAACUUACCUACCUAUACCCUUUAGAUAAUAGAUGAUGACACUUGUAAUUGAUUUUCGAAAGAUAAAGUAUAUGAAUGAACAAAUAUACUGCGAGAGAGUCGAUUAAAUAAAUAAAUAAUAUACUUAUGA